CUGUGACUCACUUGAUCUUUAUAUUGCGAGAGGGAACUCGCCGAUCUUUCUUAUUUUCGUUUUAUUGACAUUUUCCUCCUCUCAGCCCCCUUCUGAAGCAAUCCGAGCUCACAGCUGACACCAGCUGGAUAUCUUCACAUUUUCCCGUUGCUAAUCUCUUUCCGCGCCAGUCUCAACCUUCAGACCUUCAAAACUUGAGUUUCGAUACAUUGAAGUUCCAGAAUCAUUUGUGCCUUGGCAAAAGUGGUCCCCACGGAAGGAAGAUGGCGAUGCAACACUUGCUCCGGGUUCAUAGGGAAGUCCAAGACGUGAACGACGACUUUCAUUCCCUUCGAACAGUCCUGAGAGAGACCGAACACAAGUCAAAAUGGAACUUCAUCAUGUUUCCCAACGAUGGAGCACUCUCACAUCUCCCAUUAAUCGGCGAACUCGUCAUUCCCGAGCAAUACCCCAGGGAGCCGCCCGUGUUGCAUCUAUUCACCAGAACGCUACGGGGGAAUGUCGAUGUCUACCACUCCUACGCCAACAAUGAUACUCGCAGCACAAUGUGCUUCGAUAUUCUUCGUGCCGAAGCUCACGGCGGCACAUGGAAGCCAGAAUACACGAUAUCCUGUCUCUUUGCGAGCCUGAUGCAGGCCUUGGUGACGCCGAAGGUGCCUCAAGACUAUGGGCCCGACAAGCCUGAGUUUGUCACCAUGGCCAGGCUGGAAGCAGUGAAGCAAAGCGUGGAAAGGACAUACCAUGACCACAAGGACAAAAUCCCUCAUCUGCCUGUCAUACCCACUAUCCCUGCGGUACAUAUCCCGGCAAAGGCCCUCACUUUCACCCGACUCGGAAAGGAGGAAGUGCUGAAAUCUCUCGAUUUCCAAAACGAGGACAAGUAUAUCAGCCAGGCCAUUUACCUCCAGGACUAUGAUCAGCCGCAAUUCUGGUCCACUGUCUUGGACCUCAGGAACCUACAUCCCGGGGUGGUGUUUUCAGCAAUUCUCUCAAACAAGCCCGGGGCCGAUCUGGUAGGCAAGAAAAGUGACACUAUCCUGCUUCGAAAUGGAGUUACUGGGACCGCGGCGAAAAAGCGGGCGAACCUCCCUCUGGUAUGGUUCUACCAUGGAAAGCCAUUGAAUGAUCAGAACCUGUCUCUCUCUAUUACCAUCACCAAUGACCAGUUUACCAUGGCGUACAAGGAUGAGAACUCGGACAAGUUCUUGGUACAUGGCGAUACUCCAAUUUCCAAACUUGGUGAAGCCCAGAUUGGUGACGUGAAGGGGAUCCCAUUCUAUCUAACAAUUUAUCUGAAGCGCAAGUCCGGGGACGAAGGCUUUAUCAGUGUCCUCGACCAGAAAGAAAUGGGUUACAUCCAUGCAAACUUGACAACUCUCGCUGUCCACCAGCCCUUGACUCACUCUCCUAAAUCAAUCAGUCUGAAUCUGGGGAGUGAGCAGACCGCUCGACUCCAGGGGGUGAUUGAUUUCUAUGCCUUGGGCGUAGACUUCAAGGUGCAGCGAAGCCUCAUGAAGCCGGCAACGUUGACAUUGAUCUCGGCAGAUGAUGUGCCAUCGGAUAAGUACACCAGAAUCAUCAAAAACGUGUAUACCCCGCUGCGUGACAAGUCUAUCGAGGUUGAAGUCACGGCUAUUGCAGCUGAUAGACAUUGUGUGGUGUUGAUUUUGGAUAAUGCCCUCUGUUCUAAGAAGGAGACGGCGAAGCAGGAGGAAGAGGAAGAGGAGAAAGAGAACGAUAAGGGGGCACAUGUUGCAAUGAAUAAAUUGCUAUGUGUGACUAUGCGCUUGAGGGAGGAGUCAAUCAAUGCUGACUAUCCUGCCACAUUCGCUCAACGAAUCAUCGAGGAGCAUGCAAAGGACUGGGUUAACGUUGGUGACACAUACGUACAACUGCCCCAGCCGAUCAAGAUUACAUGCUAUCUAGAUUUUGAUGGCUAAGAGAGCUUGAAUUAUCAAAAAACAAUUUAAUGUCGAAUAUUUGGA